AUGAACCGUAUCAGUUUUUCACCUGUGAAAGCUAUUGGGGAGAAUAGCAGCGUCAUGGAAUUACCAGACAUGGGAGGAUUUGAUACAUAUGGAAGAGAUGCACAUAAAGUAGGUGCAUCGCGAAAUCAUAGGCCUAUUGCUGGCUGGAGUGGUAGGGCUUCUGAAGGUUUGAGUAACUCUGUUGAUGUUUUGGAUGGUCACAGAAAGGAUAUGGAUAAUGCUUAUGUUGAAGAUUUGGACAGCAGCCCUCCUGGAUUGGAAAAGGGACUGAGUAAUGUCAGUGAUAGUGGGCAAAAUACUGAUCAGGAAUUGGACAGAUUGUGUAGCGUUGAAUUCAAGGGGUUGAAGAGUGGGGAGGGGCUGGGAAGGAACCUCGCUAACACCCGGGUACAGAGGAAAAGCAUGAUGGGAAUUCGCAUGGACAGCAGUAUUUGGCAGAUAAUUCGAGAUGACCUUGUUGGGGACCUGCAGUAUCAGUUACGUCGUAACCCUGACCUUAUCAACUCUACGGACAAUGCCGGCAAUACACCCAUACAUGUUGCCGCCAAGUACAACCGUGUACAAUCCCUUGCUGUUCUCAUGGAGUUUAAAGCAGACCCCAAUGUGAUAGGCCCUUACGACAUGUAUCCCCUUCACCUUGCGGCCCGGUAUAAUUCCAUUGAUGUGGCAAAGUUCCUGCUCGAGAACGGAGUCAACAUCAUGUGUCGAGACUGCAAGAAGAAAACACCACUACAUCACGCUGCAAGGAAAGGUCACCUGGAGAUGGUUCAGUUGUUACUGUACACUGAUGGGUGCCAGCUGGAGAGUCGGGAUGAGGACCAGCUGACCCCGCUCCAUGAGGCCUGUCAGCUGAAACAAGCAUAUGUUGCCAAAUACCUGAUUCACCAUGGGGCUGACCUUGAUGCCAGGGACAUCUCCAACAGCACCCCACUACUGUUUGCUGCUGCAGAGGGGCUUACCGAGAUCUUAGAUCUCAUACUCAAUAAAACUGUUGAGUGGAAGGGUUUAGCGGGGAAAGGAGCCAUUCUCAACCACACAGAUAACGAGGGUAACAGUGCCCUGCAUCUUGCUGUACAGAACAACAAACUUGAGGCCAUAGACUUGUUACUUGACCAUGGCGCAGAGAUAAACAUGCAGACAAACACAAACUACACCCCACUACACAUGGCAGUAAUUGGGGGUCAUAUCGCCAUUGUUAAAGAGUUGUUAUACAGAGGAGCGGACCUAGAGGCCAGAGAUGGGGACCAUAUGACACCAGUGCACAGGUGUGCCAUGUACGGGAAGACUGAUGUUCUACAAGUCCUGUUAGAAAAAGGUGCCAACAUCAAUGCCCGCACCAGUGAGCAGAUGACUCCCCUGCUGGUUGCUACGUGGAAGGGGCACCUGCAUGUUAUUGAGUUCCUGCUUAGCAACGGGGCCAAGGUCAAGGCCACAGACAGCUGCAUGAGAACAGCACUGCAUUGGGCUGUUGACCAGGAACAUUACAAUAUAUUGCAGGCUCUUAUGAAGAGUGGAGGUAACGAUCUGUUGAGACUGGUUGACCAUCGAGACCAGACUGUGGCUCACUAUGCCGCCAGAACUGGAAAUACCAUGAUGCUGAAGUUGCUGAUAGAUUUUGGGAGCAGCCUUGAUGCGCGGGAUCAAGAUGUGAAAACUCCGCUACAUAUUGCUGCUGAGUUUGGUAACUACACCAGUGUCGAGAUGUUGAUAGCAACAAGCCGGUCCGAGACAAACGAUGGGGACAGUGAUGGUCGCUCCCCUCUAAUGGCCGCGUGUCUCAGCGGUCACUACAAGGCUGCUCGGUCACUCCUGGCUUUAGGGGCUGAUAACUCCAUUAGAGAUGAAAAUUACUGUACAGCUCUGAUCCUAGCAGCAUCCAAGGGUCAUGUGAAGGUCAUGCAGCUAUUAAUAGAUAACUUUGCAGAGGUCAAUGCCUGUGAUAAAAUAAAGAACACAGCCUUGCACAUGAGUGCUGCAGGCGGCCAUGUUGAUGCUGUCCGGUUGCUCUUGAACAAGAAUGCCUCCCCGAUUCUUCUAAACAGCUACAAGAAGUCUGCCCUGGAUAUGGCCCUCGACUAUGACCAGACAGAUGUAGGGAUCACCAUGAUGCAACAUAAAAAAUGGACUGAGAUAAUGGCAGUGAGAGACGCUGAUGGCUAUCCUAUGAUAAAGAAACUCAUCAAGAAGGCUCCCGAUGCUGCUUUGGUGGUGAUGGACAAUUGUGUACAGGAGUCGGAGCACAGGAAGGAUGACCCAGACUACUCACUGACCUAUGACUACAAGUACAUUGACCCGGGACCGGACGAUCCCUGCUGCAAGAACAGGAGAUACUUCGCCCUCGAUACAAUGAUCCAGUUUAACCGGGAGGACCUGUUAUCGCAUCCACUCGCACAGAGCAUGCUCAUUAUGAAAUGGAGAAAGUUUGGUAGUUACAUCCUCUACAGCAAUCUGUUCAUCUACGCAAUGUACGUCACCACACUAAAUGUGUACAUGACAUGGGUUCCUGCGAUGGCUUCUUCGAUUGUUGACAAUCUACGUCGCUGUCCAGUGUAUGUCAGCGAGGAAAACGCAACAAAUGCAACACUGAUUCAUAUACUACAAGAGGAAGCAAAACUCUCCCACUUAGAAAUUCAUCAUGCCGGACUGACGUCCAUGCAGUGGAUCCUUGAAGUGUUCAUUUUGCUCCUCCUAUUUAAAGAGCUCUUCCUGCUUUGGGGACAGCUGUCGUCCCAUUCAAAGAAGUGGCGUUACUUCAUCAAUCCAUACACAUACUGUAACUGGAUUAUGAUGGCGUCUACCCUUGUGUUCAUUAACCCGCCAAACCGUUACCCAUGCGAGAAUAACUGGCGGGGGGCCUGGAUAUCGUCUCUGUGUGCAUGGACUCUCCUCAUAUCCUACCUGCAAAGGCUUGAUGUGGUUGGAAUCUACUUUGUAAUGUUUGGUGAGGUCAUGUUCAGUAUUGGGAAGGUGAUGCUGGUUCUCGUACUGUUUCUGAUGGCAUUUGCCCAGGCGUUUGGUGCUGUUUUAGCACAACGGCCAGGUUUCCGAGAUGAGGACUUUUUCCCAUUGACAGUGCUAUCCAUGACACUGGGCGAGAUCGGGUUUGUGGAGACUUUCGUUGAGAGCAAUAACAGCCCCUUCACUGUUGACUCGUACAUCAUUUUAAUACUGUUCGUGAUUGUCAUGCCGAUCGCUCUAAUGAACUUACUGAUUGGUAUAGCUGUCGGAGAUAUUGAUAAAAUACAGAAGCAAGCUUACAUAAAGAGGAUUGGUUUGCAGUCGGAUCAAGUGAAUGACAGCGAGAACAGGUUUCCCAAAUUUCUCCAACAGAAGAUGUACCAGCGAUAUUUCACGAUCAAACCAUAUGAGGAGAAGAACACAAGAUGGGCCAGGCUCAAAUAUUACAUGUUUGGCAUUCAGACAUCAGUGGAAUUCAUUGCCCAGUCUGAGAAAGACUUCACUGUAGAAACUCUUCAAGAAAUCCAGAAAAAUGUGCAGAAAAACAGAAACAAGUUAAACCAGAUCCAGACCAAAGUGGGCAUUCAGCAGGACCUGUUGAAGAAUCUGUGUGACCAUUUCCACAUUGAAAUAAAGAAUGAUCCCGACAAUGUUUCCCUCUUGAGUGAGAGAACAGACUUUCAAAGCCGAUUUGACUUUGUUUAACCAGUUAAACAGCAUUGUGAAUUUGACAUAUUUCAUGCGCAAUAAAAAGUGGCAAUUGGUGUUUGAUUUUACAGUGCUUUGUAUCAAAAGUGAUUGAAGUCAAUGAUCUAGUCAAUGCCAGAAGCAUUAUUUUCUAGGUGGCAAAUAAUUGUUAUUUAGAACUCAAUUUAGUGGAGUUUUGAAAAGAUUCAUGGUCGCGGAACAGCGACAAACAAGCCAUGAUUUUACUUUUUGACCGAAGGAUUGCAUUAGCUUGUUAAGGCUUUAGGUUAAGAUGUUUGUUGCAUAUAAUUUGAUGUUUCCUUUAUAGGUCCAGCAUUGAAUCUCAGUUUUUGUGGAAAUUAACAAAAUUGUUUUUAUAUAAUAAUUGUAUGUGCUUUUUUC